UAAAGACAAUACAGCUUCUGACCAUUACACUACACCCUCAUUAUUUGCCGACAUGUCCUUGGUGGCAGAUCGAAGAAAACCUGAGCUGGUGCUUCCGGCACGAGCAACGCCGCGGGAGACUCUGGCUCUCUCCGACAUUGACGACCACAGAGACCUGCGGUACCUGCAGCCCGCCGUCGAGUUCUUCCGUAUCGUAGAUGGCCACGGACGGCCUACCAAGGCAGUUUUCAGGGCUGCCCUGGCGGAGGCGCUGGUGCACUACUACCCGCUUGCAGGCCGUCUCCGGGAGGCUCCCGGGGGCAGGCUAGUCGUGGAGUGCACCGGGGAAGGCGUGGUGUUCGUGGAGGCGGAGGCGGCUGUGUCCUUGGAUGAGCUCGGCGAGCCGCCGCUGCCAGCAUGCACGUUCGUGGAACAACUGCUGUGCGACGUGGGCGACGCUAGGGUUGUCAUCGGAGUUCCCUUGUUCUUCAUGCAGGUAACCCAACUCAGAUGCGGGGGAUUUGUGAUUGGUCUUCACAUAUGCCACAAUAUCGCGGACGGCUACGGCAGCACCCAAUUCCUGAAAUGUGUCGCUGACUUGGCAUGUACCGAGGGUGACGCCUCCCAAAUUGUAUCGCCGGUGUGGAAUAGGGAUCUCCUAACAGCACGCGUCCCUCCACACAUAAACCCGGCCUACGAGGAAUUCCUCCAACGAUUAGGCACCACCGCCGACGACAUCAUGUUGUCAACACCGCCGGAGGAAAUGGCCGGCCGCUUCUUCCUCUUUGGCCCAGGGGACAUGGCAUCGCUACGAAGGCAUGCCCCGGUGCACCUUACACCGCCAGUCACCAGCUUCGAGCUUCUGACUGCGGUCAUGUGGCGUUGCCGCACAGUGGCGCUCGGCUACGAGCACCACCAGCGGGUGCGCCUGAUGUUUUCUCUAAAUGCGCGUGGGAGGUGGAAGCGUCAUGCGCUCGUCCCACGUGGGUUCUACGGAAAUGCGCUCUUCUACCCUGCGGUAGACACGACCGCCGAGGAACUAUGCUUCAACCCGCUUGGCUAUGCGCUCAAACUCGUCCGCGAGGCCAAGCGUGACAUGACAGACGACAACAUGGAGUCCAUGGUGGAUUUCAUGGCGUCUAUGCGUGGGCGGCCACCUCUCACCAUGGACAGAAUGUAUGAGGUCUCUGACAUCAAGUGGGUUGGACAGGACGCGCUAGACUUUGGAUGGGCGAAGCGGGUUGACGGCGGCGUACCCAUGGUUGGGGACAUUGCCUGCAAGUCUGUGAGCUACCACAUGAGGUGCAAGAAUGGAAAGGAUGCUUUUGCAAGUAGGCCGAGAUCUCCACACGUGUUCAAGAUCGUCGGCUACCAUCUGCACAAGGGUUUGGGCGUCGGCAAGUACAUACGGUCCGCCACCUUCGCCGUCGGCGGCUACGACUGGUGCGUCCGUUACUACCCCGAUGGAUACUCAUCCCCCGAGUGCAAUGGCUACAUCUCUGUCUACCUCGAGCUCCUCUCCAGGAACGCCGAGGUCAGGGCGAACUACACAUUCAGUCUAAUCGACUCGGGCGGCGGCGGCGCGCAGCCAUGGUCGCCGUUCAUCCGCCGCUUCGCUCACAACUACACCUCCGUCGAUGCUUGCUAUGGAGCUGACAUGUUCAUCAAACAGAGUUCGCUCGAAUCGGUGCCGUACCUGCGGGACGACACCGUGGUGAUUGAGUGUGAGGUCAAGGUUAUCAGGUGCCCGCAGGUGCAGGAGGAGUCCGUGCUGGCCGCUUCACAUAUCGAGGUGCCGCCCUUGGAUCUGCCGAACCACCUCAGAAAGUUGCUGGAUGGAAAGAGAGGAGCAGAUGUGACUUUUGAGGUUAAAGGCAAGGUUUUCCCUGCACACAAGAUUAUGCUCGCCACGCGAUCGCCGGUCUUCGAUGCUCAGCUCUAUGGACCCAUGAGCGAUGCCAAUGCCACAAGUAGGAACAUAAUCAUCGAGGAUAUGGAACCCCCUGUUUUCAGGGCCUUGCUUCACUUCAUCUACACGGAUUCGCUGCCGGCUAUGGAUGACCUUGAUGAUGGUGAGAACCAAGAGAUGGUUAAACACUUGCUGGUGGCUGCCGACAGGUAUGCCAUGGACAGGAUGAAGAUGAUAUGUGAAGGUAUUCUCUGCAAGAGCCUUGACGUUGAGACCGUGGCGACGACAUUGGCGCUAGCUGAUCAGCAUCACUGCAGCAAGCUGAAAGAUGCCUGUGUUGAAUUCAUUCUCUCUUCAAACAGAAUGGAUGAUGUGGUAGCAAGCCAGGGGUAUGCACACCUCAAACGAUCUUGUCAUGCUCUCAUGUUUGAUGUCUUUGAGAGGGCUACCAAGUCUCGCAAAAUUUAAUAUGCUAAUCUUGAGUUAUGCCUCAAAAAUAGUCAGUUUAGUUGACAUGUCGAUUCAUCAAAGGUUUACCUGAAAUGAACUAGUUUCUUAUCUUGAGUUAUGCUGAUGUUGGGUUAACUUCUGGAUGACUAGCCACCUGUGUAAGUUCUUUUGGAGGAGAUGGGUUGGUCUUGCAAGAUGUACUGAACUACUCGUUGCCUCUUCAUAUGUAUGAACCUACACUUGCUUAUCUAGUCUCUAAAUUAUUUGAUUUUCUGAGUUUUCAGCACCUUUACUGUUUAUCUGUUAUAGUUUUGCCCUUGUGUAUCCAUUUUCAGACUAAACAUUACCUGAACGUUCAGCAUGAUAUUUUAACCAGAUAAACCUUUGAUUUCAUUUUUGUUUAAAAACUGCGGAAAUUUUGAUUUCCAGGUAAUUAGUUUUGUGGUAGUAGGUGACGCUAGGUUCAUGAACAUAAAUGUGGAUGCUGAGUGCUAGAUUUCAGUUGGAGAGAAAGCUAAGAUGAAAUUGACUUCCAGACUGUUAAUAAUCAUGAACUUGGGCCAUCAGAGGAACUCAUAACGGCUGGCGGUUUUGUUGGUUUUCCGAGCUUUUGCAGUCAUUCUAUAGGAUGUUUGAAGGUAAGCAUAAUAAGCUGGUGGUGAAUUUAUUCCUUGCACAAUUAUAGUUUUCUUAAUUAUCUGCUGCACUAGCAUUACCAGGCUUACCAGGGCAUGCCAGGCUGAUACUCCUUACUGUCCUCCAAAAUGUGCUAGUGGUAAUAUUGUUUCCACCAUGAAGUGUGCUAAUGUGAAGCAACUUGAUCGAAAUGCAGAUUGGCAGUGCAAAAUUCUAGCGUACCGAAUUAGCUAGGUAACCGAUCGUCUGUCUUCGAACUCUUGCUGUGCCUGUUGCAAACCCGUUAGUUGUAAGAAAAAUUCUGUGUUUUUUGUUUCGUGUGAUCAUAGCAUAUACAUGCAUAUGUUCCGUGUAAGUUGUACUCCCUUCGUUCCUAAAUAUAAGUCUUUGUAGAGAUUUCAGUAAGGACUACAUAAGGAUGUAUAUAGACAUAUUUUAGAGUGCAAAAUUCACUCAUUUUGCUCCGUAUGUAGUCUGCAUUGGAAUCUCUAAAAAGUUUUAUAUUUAGGAACGGAGGGAGUAACUUGUAAGAAGAAAUUUCUUGGAACAAUCUUUGCAUAUCUAUAGUAUGCGCACUUGCAUUUUCUGGGAGAUGAAUUUUAGCAUAUAUAUAAUUCUACAUGGUGUUCCCUCUGAUGUGGGAAGGUUUAGCUUAACUGUGCCCAGGUUCUGUAUCCAGACUGGGGCUUCUGUGCGUGCAACCAUCGCCACCCUCGUGAUCAUUUGUCACUGAUCAUAUGCCGGAACCUUCCCGUGAACCGCAGCAGAUCAAGUUGAAGAUCCGCAGGCCCUGAAUUGUUUUCCGUCAGUCUAUCAGUACAGUGCAGAAGAAGCAACCAGUCUGAAAUUGAUGUGUAACUUCUUCAUGUACCAUCUAUAUGUCUGAUUUAUAUUGUUGGCUAUGAAUGAAUCUUUUUUAUUAUGCGAGCUUUACAUGGCAGCCAUGCCAGUUCAUAUUUUUGAAAGAACAGACUAAUAAACAUUUUGAGAGGA